UGCCGGCUUUCAAAAUCCUCCUCCUCCGCCAUCAUCUGCCGCGGAUCGUGGGGCAGGUGGCGUGGGAACGGAGAGAGGCAAGGAUCUCCGCGAGUGAGAACGGACCGGCGGACCCGGCUGCGGUGAGCACACCGGACCCCACGCGGACCCUCGAGGCGUCCGCGCCCAGAGGACGCGCGCCAUCCGGUCGCCCCACGCGGCCGCGCCGCCUGUUUACGUUUGCAGAUCUCCAGGGGAUCCCAACACCGUUACCAACAUGGCCUCUGAAGACAUUGCCAAACUGGCAGAGACCCUGGCCAAAACCCAAGUAGCCGGAGGACAGCUGAGUUUUAAGGGCAAGAGCCUCAAACUGAAUACUGCAGAAGAUGCAAAAGAUGUGAUUAAGGAGAUUGAAGACUUUGCCGGUCUGGAGGCUUUGCGCUUAGAGGGUAACACAGUAGGUGUGGAAGCUGCCAGAGUCAUCGCCAAGGCCUUGGAGAAGAAGUCAGAGUUGAAGCGAUGCCACUGGAGCGACAUGUUCACUGGGAGGCUUCGGUCUGAGAUCCCACCAGCUCUGAUCGCACUAGGAGAGGGACUCAUCACUGCAGGGGCCCAGCUGGUGGAGCUGGACCUGAGUGACAAUGCAUUUGGGCCUGAUGGCGUGCGAGGCUUUGAGGCCCUCCUCAAGAGCUCAGCCUGCUUCACCCUGCACGAACUCAAACUUAACAACUGCGGCAUGGGCAUUGGUGGUGGCAAGAUCCUGGCUGCAGCUCUAACUGAGUGUCACCGCAAGUCUAGUGCCCAAGGCAAGCCGCUGGCUCUGAAAGUCUUUGUGGCUGGCAGAAACCGCCUGGAGAAUGAUGGAGCCACUGCCUUGGCAGAAGCUUUUGGGAUCAUUGGGACUCUGGAGGAGGUCCACAUGCCGCAGAAUGGGAUCAACCACCCUGGUGUCACGGCCCUGGCCCAGGCAUUCGCCAUCAAUCCCUUGCUGCGGGUCAUCAAUCUGAAUGACAACACCUUCACUGAGAAGGGCGCUGUGGCCAUGGCUGAGACCCUGAAGACCUUGCGGCAGGUGGAGGUGAUCAAUUUCGGGGACUGCCUGGUGCGUUCCAAGGGGGCCAUCGCCAUUGCAGAUGCUGUCCACGGAGGCCUGCCCAAGCUGAAGGAGCUGAACCUGUCAUUCUGUGAAAUCAAGAGAGAUGCUGCUCUAGUUGUGGCUGAGGCCGUGGCCGACAAGGCUGAGCUGGAGAAGCUGGACCUCAAUGGCAACGCCCUGGGAGAAGAAGGCUGUGAGCAGCUUCAGGAGGUGCUAGAUGGCUUCAAUAUGGCCAGAGUGCUGGCAUCUCUCAGUGAUGAUGAGGGGGAAGAUGAUGAGGAUGAGGACGAGGAGGAAGGAGAAGAGGAGGAGGAAGAGGAGGAGGAGGAGGAAGAGGAGGAGGAGGAGGAAGAUGAAGAGGAAGAAGCACAGCAAGGGCAAGGAGAGGCAUCAACUACACCCCCACGGAAGAUUCUGGACCCUAACAGUGGGGAGCCAGCUCCCGUGCUGUCCUCCCCGCCUCCCACAGACUUCUCCACCUUCCUGUCAUUCCCCUCCCCAGAGAAGCUGCUGCGCCUUGGACCCAAGGUCUCUGUCCUGAUAGUCCAGCAGACUGACACCUCUGACCCUGAAAAGGUCGUCUCGGCCUUCCUGAAGGUGGCAUCUGUGUUCAGGGACGAAGCCUUGGUGAGGACAGCAGUGCUGGAUGCCAUAGAUGCCCUCAUGAAGAAGGCCUUCAGCUCCUCAUCCUUCAACUCCAACACCUUCCUCACCAGGCUGCUCAUCCACAUGGGUCUGCUCAAGAGUGAAGACAAGAUCAAGGCUAUUCCCAGCCUAUAUGGACCUCUGAUGGUGCUGAAUCAUGUGGUGCAGCAGGACUACUUCCCCAAGGCCCUGGCACCCUUGUUGCUAGCAUUUGUGACCAAGCCCAAUGGCGCCCUGGAAUCCUGCUCCUUUGCCCGCCACAAUCUGCUGCAGACACUGUACAAGGUCUAGGGUCAAAGCUUCCACUUGUCCCUCAGCCUGCACCAGUGCCUCGGGGGACUUGAAUGAACUGAGCUCCAGCAACAUCCCUCUUGGAUAGGACUCUGACCAGAGGCAGGGAGAAUAUUUGUCUCAUGUGUCGUACUGGUCCCGAUUAUGUGUGUUGGUGUGGUAUUUAUGUAGGUGUGUGCUCCCUGUCAGGAUUUCAGGUUCUCAGCUCUCCCUGCUGGACUGGCAGUGGUCCACUGUGGAGUGCUGGUGCCAGGGGAAAGGGCUGAAAGCUGCUUUGCUAUUAAAUAACUCACUGCCAUCUGGGCUAUAGGACUUGAUGGCUGGUCCAACCCACCUUGCCUUCCUGCUCCACUCCUGGGCUUCAGCAAAGCCUGGGAAGUUGCUCUCAGUGUCCUCUCAGCCCGCCCUCCCUCCAGCUGUCUCUGCACUGUUCAUGCCUGCUGUGCCGGACACUUGGUCUAAGGAACAGAGACUGUCAGGUGGGGCUGUGAGGCUAUCAGAGGGUGAAACUCUGGUCCUAACCCAUGUGGCCCAGAAGAGCAAUCAGGGUGCCACUCCAGAUAGUCUGGGAGUAGGAGUUGCCUGGGCUGUCCUGGCUCCUAGGGCAUCUUGGCAGGCCUAGACCUGUUCUUCAGCCUUGGGAGGGAAGGGCAAGUCCCCAAUUCCUACGCUGUGUGUGGGCUGCUCUUUAAGGAUUUUCUGGGGCAGGAACGAGUAGUGGGGAUUGGGUUGGGCAAGAAACGCCCUGUGACUUCCCUUAGUGGCUAUGUGACUUUCCCUGUGUGUGUGUCUGGGCUGUGCCUGGGAGCUUCAUCAAUAAAAAUCGUCUGUGGUAGCA